CCGGCUGUCUAUCACUAUCUCCUGUGCUUCAUUACAGACAAAGGAAGCUCUCCGUAGGCAUUCAGCAUGUCCAAAGAGCCAAGCUCCAACUUGGAAAGCGCCAUGCAGAUGCUCAUCAAGACCUUUCAUAAGUAUUCCGGGAAGGAAGGAGAUAAAUACACGCUCAGCCGAGGAGAACUAAGGGAACUUCUGACGGAGGAGCUGGGAAAUUAUCUUGGGAGCGCUCAAGAUAAAGACGCGGUGGAACGAGUGAUGAACGACCUGGAUGCCAAUAAUGACGGCGAGGUGGACUUCACCGAGUUCAUCAUCCUCAUGGGUGCGCUGACCGUGGCCUGCAACGAUUUCUUCCUGGACAGCCCGGCACCCAAAAAGCCCGAGAGCAAGGGCGAUGCAGCCACAACAGAGGAAAAGAAAGAGUAAUGAGCGCAUGCUACCAGAACAGAGAGAGAAAACGGAGCAAAGUAUUAGUAGGUUGCAUGGUUGAGAACAAGAGAGUGUGUUUCAUCCAUUUCUUUUAGCAGGACCGACAAACCUAGUUCCUGGAGGACUUUUCUCUGCUUUUAUAAUUCAACCGAAGCUGUUAAUAUGCUUGACUGACAAACCCUGAAGGCAAAGACUUGGGGGUUUGACAGAAACACUCAUCAGUUCAGUGCCAGGAGCCGGUUUGUCUAACGCUGAACUAUUUUUUUUUUCUAGUUAAUGGGAAGUUCUUGAGUAAAGUCUUUCAGGAUCUGUUUCAUAUGAGCGCAGACAUUAUAUACAGCUAUAUAUAGUGUUUUUGGAUGAAGAUAUAGCAGCAAAGUGUAUUUUGAGUGCAAUAAGUGGCUACUAAAUGAAUGUCAAAGCCUGUAUUGAUAGAAAGUGGUGAGUUAUAGACAGUUAUGAAUGCUCAUUGUUAAUCAUUCUGAACUGUGACUUGAAAACAGAUGUUGAGGUAUUUAUAUUUAUAUCUUUCAUGAUGAUGUAAUUAUAAAUACCCUUUAUUGUUGACAGCAGACAACAUUACGUCUACUUCAUGGUUACCAUAAAUUCUGAACAGCUUUCAUAAUCUAUAAUAAUUCAGUGUUGAAGAUGUGAACUUGGUUUGUCUCUUUCUGUGCAUCUAUUUUUUUGCCUAUUUUUAUUUAAUAAUCAAUAUGUAUCUUCUUAAUUAUAAUAAACUUGCAACUG